AUGUCGUACUAUCCUCCUCCUCAGUCUCAAUAUCCGCCCCACGGCCAGCCUCCGGGCCCUCCGCCGCCUCAAGGCUACCAGCAACAGCCCGCUUACGGGCAGCAGCCGCCCUACGGACAACAACCUCCGUAUGGUCAACAGCCUCCUUCUUAUGGUCAACAGCCUCCCUACGGACAGCAGCCGUAUAGCGCACCUCCACCUCCUCAAGGCCAUUAUCCUCCUCAGCCCGGCUACCCACCACAGCAGGGCUACCCGCAACAGCCGUAUGGUCAACAACCCUACCCCGGUCCGCCGUCGCCUCAGCCACCAGCGGGAUACCAGCACACACCCUCGCCCCAGCCUCCCUACGGCCAACCACCUCACGGCUAUGCCCCUCCGCCCGGUGGUGCUCCGGGCUAUCCACCCCCAGGUCCAUAUGGCGCCCCGCCGCCUGGAGGCGCAUACCCGCCGCAGCCCCAGAUGCCGUCCAUCGGCUAUGACCCGCAAGCCAAGGCGCAGGGAGAUUUCCGGCGCGAAGCCGACGAGCUGCGCAAGGCGAUGAAGGGCUUCGGAACGGACGAGAAAGCUCUGAUCUCCGUACUUUCGCGACUGGACCCGCUCCAGAUGGCUGCCGUGCGCUCUACCUACACCCAGGCCCACCAUCGCGACCUGCACAAGGAUAUCAAAUCCGAGACAGACGGACACUUCGAACAGGGGCUGUUGGCUAUUGUCGAUGGCCCGCUUGAGCAUGAUGUCGAGUGCGCGCGCGAGUCGGUCAAGGGCAUGGGUACGAAGGAGUGGCUUAUGAACGACGUGCUUCUAGGCCGGAGCAAUGCAGACCUCAACGCUAUCAAGAUGGCCUAUGAGCGCAAGUAUCACCGUUCGUUGGCGCGGGAUAUCGAGGAUGACCUCUCCUUCAAGACGGCCGAGCUCUUCGCUGCCGUGCUACACGCCACUCGUCACGACGAGUUCGCCCCUAUUAACCCGCAAACCAUCGAAUCCGAGGCCCGCGCCCUACACGACGCUACCUCGGGUCGCGCCGUUAACAACGUCUCCGAGUUCUGCGCCGUCUUCGCCCGUGUUUCGAACGCGGAGAUCCGCGCUAUCGACCAGGCAUUCCAGGCUCGCUAUCAUACGUCGCUAGAGAGACAUAUCGAAAAGUCCUUCACGGGCCAUAUGCAAGAGGCUCUUCUGCACAUACUCCGCUCGGCUACAGAUCCGGCUAUGCGCGAUGCGAUCCUGAUUGAUGAAUGUGUCCGCGGCCCAGGAACAAGGGAUGAGCGUCUUGUCGUUCGUGUUGUGCGUGCCCAUUGGAACCGCGCGCAUCUGGACCAGGUGAAGCGCGCUUAUAAGCAUAAGUACAAGACGGAUCUUGUUGCCCGCGUGCGUGGGGAGACCUCGGGGGACCAUCAGCGUUUGAUGGUUGCUCUGCUUGAGUAA